ACACAAAGGACUUCACGGAACUCACAGGGUCCGCCCACUUCUCCAAAUAAGGGCAGCCUCUCCAUGUACGGCAAACAAUCGGUUCGAGAUUGCCCUUUUCUCUUCCUUAUCCCGUUUAUAUGAUCGGAGAGGAACUGCGCUUCAGGUUGGAAGCGGUGCGAUCAUGGCCGAGCGAGUCCAGCAGCCCCCAGCCAAGCGGCUCUGCUGCCGGCCCGGCUACAACCCGGCAUGCAGGCAGGGGCAGCGGGCUGGAGGAGUCCCGUGCGGCGGCGCGGGGUCCGCUCCAGGAGGGUCCGGGAACGGGAAAACGCACAACCCCGAGUCGCUGCUCGACAUCGCGGCGCGCAGAGUCGCGGAAAAGUGGCCGUUCCAGCGGGUGGAGGAGCGGUUCGAGAGGAUCCCGGAGCCCGUCCAGCGGAGGAUCGUUUACUGGUCAUUCCCGAGAAGCGAGAAGGAGAUCUGUAUGUACUCUUCUUUCAACGCCGGGGGAGAGGAAAGUGGAUCUAGCGGGGACAAUAAUGACGAGACCCAGCUGCCUUUUCUGCGGGGUGUCACUCUGCUGGAGGGUGGCUGGGUGGACAACGUAUUGCAAGUCGGUUUCCACCUGAGCGGCACGGUGACAGAUCCCGCCACGCCCUCGUCCCCGGAGCUCGUCUGCAGCGUCAGCGUCAGCUUCGACCGCUGCAAGAUCACCGCCGUGACGUGCACCUGUGGCAACAAGGACAUCUUCUACUGCGCCCACGUCGUGGCGCUGUCACUUUACAGGGUGCGCAAGCCUGAGCAGGUCAAGCUGCACCUGCCCAUCUCGGAAACGCUGUUCCAGAUGAGCAGAGACCAGCUGCAGAAGUUCGUCCAGUACCUGAUAUCGGUCCACCACACCGAGGUGUUGCCCACGGCGCAGAAACUGGCCGACGAGAUCCUGUCGCAGAACUCUGAGAUCAACCAGGUUCAUGGGGCCCCGGACCCUACAGCUGGAGCCAGCGUCGAUGACGAGAACUGCUGGCACCUGGACGAGGAGCAGGUUCAGGAACAAGUCAAGCUCUUCCUGUCCCAGGGAGGCUACCACGGCUCAGGAAAGCAGCUCAACCUGCUCUUUAGCAAGGUGAGGGAGAUGCUGAAGAUGCGCGACUCCAACGGAGCGAGGAUGUUAACACUGAUCACAGAGCAGUUCAUGGCCGACCCUCGGCUGGCGCUAUGGAGACAGCAGGGCACCACCAUGACCGACAAGUACAGACAGCUCUGGGACGAGCUCGGCGCCCUGUGGAUGUGCAUCGUGCUGAACCCCCACUGCAAGCCUGAGCAGAAGUCGUCGUGGCUGCGGCAGCUGCGCCGGUGGAACAGCGUGGACGUCUGUCCCUGGGAGGACGGCAACCACGUCAACGAGCUGCCCAACCUCACCCACUCACUGCCCCAAGGCGCUCACGGUAACCAAGAGAUGCGUCCCCACCGGACUGUGUUCACGCGCGCCAUCGAGGCCUGCGACCUGCACUGGCAGGACCGACACCUCCAACACAUCAUCGCCAGUGACCUCUAUGCCAACUACUGUUACCAUGACAACCAGGAGGGCUCCCUCUUCGACUCACGCGGCUGGCCUCUGUGGCAUGAACACGUCCCUACAGCCUGCGCUCGGGUGGACGCCCUGCGCUCACACGGUUACCCCAGGGAAGCCCUCCGUCUUGCCAUCGCCGUGGUGAACACGUUACGGAGGCAGCAGCAGAGGCAGCUGGAGCACUUUCGACGACACAAAAAAGAGUUGCUCCAUAAAGGGCACACUUCCAUAACGAACAUGGAGGGCUGGGUGGGACACCCUCUGGAUCCCAUCGGCACCCUGUUCAGCACCCUGACGGAGUCGGGACGAGCGGGUGAGGAAGGCUCCAACACCUGCUUAGACCUCUCAGACUGCUCCAGCGUCGUGAGCCGAGCCGAUCUUCAGCGGAUGCCCGUGCAGCGGCUGCUGGGAGACGGCGAGUCGUACAUGGCGCUGGCGGUGGAGACGGCUCUGAUCGGCCUGGGCCAGCAGCGGGUGAUGCCCGACGGGCUGUACGCUCAGGAAAAGGUGUGUCGCAACGAGGAGCAGCUGUUGGCCAAGCUGCAGGAAGUGGAACUGGAUGACUCCCUGGUCAAAAUCUUCCGUAAACAGGCUGUGUUUCUGCUGGAGGCUGGUCCGUACUCUGGCCUCGGAGAGAUCGUCCAUCGAGAGAGCGUCCCCAUGCACACCUUCGCUCGCUAUCUCUUCACCUCUCUGCUACCUCAUGACGCUGAACUGGCGUACAAAAUUGCACUGAGAGCCAUGCGGUUGCCGGUGUUGGAGUCCACGGCAUCGUCCGGUGACCUCUCGCGACCUCACCACAUUGUGUCUGUAGUUCCCAACCGCUACCCGCGCUGGUUCACCCUGAGCCAUAUAGAGUCUCAGCAGUGUGAGCUGGCCUCCACCAUGCUCACUGCAGCUAAAGGUGACAGUCGCAGGUUGGAGACGGUCCUGGAGUCCAUCCAGAAAAACAUCCACUCCUCGUCUCACAUCUUCAAACUGGCACAGGACGCUUUCAAGAUCGCCACUCUCAUGGACAGCCUGCCGGACAUCACUCUUCUUAAGGUUUCUCUGGAGCUCGGACUGCAGGUCAUGAGAAUAACUCUGUCCACGUUGAACUGGAGGAGAAGAGAGAUGGUUCGCUGGUUGGUCACGUGCGCCACUGAAGUUGGUGUCUAUGCACUGGACAGCAUCAUGCAGAGCUGGUUCACACUCUUCACUCCCACAGAAGCCACCAGUAUUGUGGCGACCACUGUCAUGUCCAACAGCACCAUAGUUCGCCUACACCUGGACUGCCACCAGCAGGAGAACCUGGCCUCGUCCGCCCGUACGCUCGCCCUGCAGUGUGCCAUGAAGGACCCCCAGAACUGCGCCCUCUCCGCUCUCACACUCUGUGAAAAAGACCACAUUGCCUUCGAGACAGCCUACCAGAUUGUACUGGACGCUGCAGCAACGGGAAUGAGCUACACGCAGCUGUUCACCAUUGCGCGCUACAUGGAGCACCGCGGCUAUCCGAUGCGAGCGUACAAGCUGGCUACGUUAGCCAUGGCUCACCUGAACCUCAGCUACAACCAGGACACGCAUCCGGCCAUUAACGACGUACUGUGGGCCUGCGCGCUCAGCCACUCACUGGGCAAGAACGAGCUGGCCGCCGUCAUCCCCCUGGUGGUCAAAAGUGUGAAGUGCGCCACCGUUUUGUCUGACAUUUUGCGGCGGUGCACGCUGACCACCCCGGGCAUGGUGUCGGCGCUGCACAGCCGCAGGAACUCUGGGAAGCUGAUGUCGCUGGACAAGGCGCCGCUCAGGCAGCUGCUGGACGCAACCAUCGGGGCCUACAUUAACACUACGCACUCGAGGCUCACGCACAUCAGCCCGCGGCACUACAGCGAGUUCAUCGAGUUCCUGGGGAAGGCCCGGGAGACGUUCAUGAUGGCUCACGACGGACACAUCCAGUUCACCCAGUUCAUAGACAACCUGAAACAGAUUUACAAGGGCAAAAAGAAACUGAUGAUGCUAGUUCGGGAGCGGUUUGGCUGAGGGUGCGGCUCCUCUUCCACUCUAGUACUUUUCUAUUAACUUGAGUCUGCCUUUUGAACUUCUUUUGAACUAAUAGACAGGUAAGAGGGAUGUGACUUGUAGAAUGAAGCAAAACGAGAAAGGAAAAGAUGACAAAAAAUCAAGAGCCACAUGCGGUAUUAUUGUUCUUGCUGUUGUUAUUGUUAUAAACAUUAUUGCUAUUAUUAUUAUUAUUAUUAUUAUUAUUAUUAUUAUUAUUAUUAUUAUUAUUACUAUGUGUACAGAAGCGUUUUUUAUUUUUAAGGAGAGAGGAAAUUUGUCACAUUGUGAAUGUUGUGUGUACUUCUCUACAUGUGUGCAAGAUGAAAAUGAAACGUGAAAUGGCUUUUUGUUUUCUAUAUUUUUUAGGAUUUUCAAGCAUCUUUUUGCUCCCCCGCCCCCAUUCUCAAUGUAUAUUGAGUUUUAUGUUAAUGAGUGGCUGAAGCCUUUGUACAAUAGCGCUCAUGUUUAAAAAACAAACAAAAAAUCAAAAAAAAAAAAAAAAGAAAAGAAAAAAAAAGCAGACCAAUUUCAACGUCUCGGUAUCCUCAAAGAGAAACUAAGGCUUUAAAAUGACACAGAGCACCUCCCUUGGUCUAGGCCCCUUCUGAUGGGCACUGGGCAGCAUUGCACAGCUUCGCUCAGCUCGGCACAGCUUGGGUUAGCACUGACUUAAAAAAGGCACCAUCAGCAUUUCCUACCACACAGCAGCAGCACUUGAGCAGCCAUUAGCUUUCUCUGGGUCACUUCCACACAACAAGGCUCUUAGCUAACUCUUGUCAUUAUUAUUACUGUUAUUAUUAUUGUCGUACAAUUUUACCCAGGCGCCCAGUGAUGACACAUCAAAAAGUGAAGUAUUAUAUCUACAUUAUUGCAACGCGGUGCAGGUGGAGUUCUUUAUUGCUGAAACUGGACUGCGUUAUGGCGCUUUUCAAAAGAAUUUAUACCUCCUGAGCUUUCUCGCAUUUGGAUAGUGUUAGAGACGCAAACGUCAAUACUUGAUUUUAUGGUUUUUGGCCCAGCACAAAGUUGGGCAUAUUUGUGAAGUGAAAGGAAAAUGAUUCGUGAGUCUCAAUUUUUUUCCGAAACAAAUAUCUGAAAUGUUUGCCAGUCAUAUGCAUGUAUUCAGCCUCCCUGAGUCAAUAAUUUAUGUAGAGUUUGUUUUGAGGUGUGUCUACCAGAUUUAUGCAUCUGGAGAUGUUUCUUCUUUGCAAAAUAUCUCAAACUCAGUCAGAUUGAAGGAAGCAUGUCCUGAACAGCCAUGUGAAAGUUUUGCAGCAAAUUAUCAGUUAGAUUUAUGUCUGGAUUUUAAUUUGGAUUUGAAUUGAACCAUUGGUGUUGCUUAAGAUCUUUGUUCUGCUGGAGGGUGAACCUCUACCCAAGCCUCCAUCUUUUAUUUCUUCCAGAAUUGCCCUCUAUUAAUCUUGGUCAAUCUUAUCCACUCUGUCAGUUUUCUUUUCCUGUUGUCAGGAUAUUGUUCAUUGUCAGUUUUCUGCCAGAGAUAGUGUUUUAGAUUGCAAGCUGAAUGUUUGAUUUUGACCUCAUCUGACCACAUGUUUUGGGUCUUCCUCCAUGAUUUGUGGCAGAUUGCAGCUGGGACUUUGUUUUUAUGCCAUUCUUUCAACACUGGCUUCCUUCUUGGCACUCUUCCUUAGAAGCCUUACCUUUGGAGUGCACAACUAGGUCAAGGACAGUUUUACAUAAGGUAUUUACAUAAGAAUGUUGUUCCAAAGUUUUUCAAAAGUCAAACAUGUAACUACUGAAACUGUAUACCGGACACAUCAGGGAAACUAUAAAAUGUUUAAAAGCAGAGACUUGAAUUAGAACAAAAAUAUAAGGAAGAAUCGUAGUUGUCUUGUCUCCCACCUGAGCUGUGGAUCUCUGUAUCUCCUCCAGAGUUUCCAUGUGCUUCUUGACUAAUUCUCUGAGUAACACUCUCCUUGUCUGGCCUGUCCGCUUAGGUGGAUGGUCAUAACUUGGCAGGGCUGCAGCUGCACCACUUUUUUUCCCCCUCUUUUCAGAUGUUUGAACCUUGGAAAUCUUGAUUUUCCAGAACUUUAUCCCUGACGUGUCUUGUGUGUUCCUAGGCCUUCACUAUACUCUUUGUUCAACACUGUCCUCUGGCACUGAGUAAAGAGGGGCUGAAUACAUAUGCACACCACACUUUUGAGACUCAGAGUCAAAGGGUAUGAAUCCUUUUGUAAGCAGCUGCAGUUGCGGUUAUUUUGUGCAAGGAAUUCCAGGAGGGAGAAGACUACCUCAUGAUGCGGUAUUGAACCUGCUCCCAGUUUUUGCUGUCAGAAUAUUUAUUCACUAUGAUAGCCGACAGUGUUAAUAACAUUUUUUUUUUUUGAAAUCCAGCGUUAAACGGAAACAGAGUCAGAAUCCUCUUGAAGACCCUUCUAUGCUCUGCUGCCCCUUCCUCUUCCUCGCAGCCCCUCACUGUAAGUUGUUUUCAGCCGAGGCCAGUGUCACUCCGCUCUGUGCAUGUGAAUCACAAAUAUUUAGACUUUCUACUGUUAUACUUCGUCACGUGGAACAUUCAGCAACCGGAACGUUCUCAGGGAUUUUCUCUACGCAGGAAGAAAAAAAAAAAAAAAAAAGGUGGAACAAA